GAUGAGUUCUGGUUUUGUAACAGAGGCAGAAGCAGCAGAAGCCCGCAAGAGACGUCAGGAAGAAUGGGAGCGGGUACGCCAGCCGGAAGAUCCCCUUGAACGGCCAGAGGAACCGUAUGAUGGAAGGUCUCUGUACGAACGCCUCAAAGACAACAAGACGAAAAAGGACAUGGAGUACGAGGAAGCCCAUAAAUUGAAGAACCUUAUUCGCGGCCUGGACGACGACGAGGUACAAUUCCUAGAGCUGGUCGAUGCCCACAAAAUAAACACGGAGCGCCAGCAAAUGCGCGACGAGGAACUCGAACUAAAGGACUUUCGUAAUCGGGUCGAAAAGCUUCAGGAGGAGAGUGUCGAUAAAAAACUCCAGGCGGAGCUAAAGACCACAGCCAAAUCAGCUGGCUCAUCCGCAGGGCGCAAUAGUCAAAAGUCUUUACUUGGCCAGGGCAUAAAACGAAAAAAUGGUGAACUUCCUACUAGCUCCAAUAAAGUAGCCAAAUCUGAGGAAAAACCAACCGCAGCUACCGCCGCCACUACCCUGAUAACUGAUAAGUACGACCAGGGAGCAUUGAAGUGCGUCGCCGUGCUGCCUGGCAUUGGCUCCUACACAGAGUCGAGCGACUCGGAAGCCAGCACGGAUUCGGACGAACAUGAUCAUUGCUCCAGAACGGAUCUAUGCGGCCGAAAAAUACCCAAGAAGAAACAGUGCUCCGAGUAGGAUAAACCAUUUUAUUGGGGUGCUUAAAACGAAGUCACUUUCCUUGAAAAACAGAAAAUAUAGCCUAGAACGUAAACAUAGCGAA